AUGUCUUCAGAUUGCGCUGGACCUCCGCGUCAACGCGUGCGGAGGGAAGAUGACAUCCCGCUGGAUUUUAGUGCCCUACCUGCAGUGCAGGAGCUGAUUAUAAAGAACAACCGUCAGACGAAGUUGAAGCGCCGUUUGAAGACUUCAGACUUCGUGAACGAAUCCUUUUCGGAGUUAGGGUGCCGUGCGGUGGCCGACAGGACGUCUGUUGGCGUGCUCUCUAGUUUCCUCAAGGAAUGUACUGAGAAGCAUCGAAUCCUUCCCCGCAGUUCUUCAGUGGCGAGGGUACUCUACUCGUUCGUGGAAAACGGACUUCUGCACGAAGGGCAGGCGCUGCUGCAGCAGAUUCUGCAGGCCGAGGCGUCUUUGCGCUCCAAAGUCAUGGAUGAGAAGGUCGCCACUAUUUCAUUGCGUCUGCUCACCGAAAGCGAUGAGGUGAAUUUGGGUCUCGCAGAACGUAUCAUAUCCAUGCUUCCAGAAGGUUCUCAUAAGCGGCGGCUUUUUUCCCCACUUCUCGAGCAUGCGGCGCGAACCGGCGAUACAACGUUAGCAUUUAAAGCGCUGCGGAUGGGACGGCAGAAACAACUUGAGUUCUGGGAUGUCGAUUACAAGCAGUUACUGCGUUGCUUGCAAAGUGCUGCGAAGGGGACUGAUAUCUCGGCACUCAUCACGGAGCUUUUGGAGUGUAUGGUCGACCACCACCCAGUCGUUGGAAAAACCAAUGGGGAAGCACUGCAACAACUUCUAGGCGGGGAGUUAACGGAAGUGAAUGAUGAGACAGGGAUGUGCUGCAGGUGCAGCACGAGGGUUCACACAUUCGACUUUGCUCCGGAUGACCGAGUGACUCUACUGCGCGAUAUUGAAACGAAGCUCAUCGCCCCGAGGGUGGAAAGUGGAAGCCACUACGAACCUGGGAAGGUCGUCGAGCUGACGGAACGAAAGGAGCGGUGGGAAGAAUUUGCGGUGUUCAAAGACACGCUUUCUCGUCUUGAUUAUGAUGCCGUGAUUGAUGGGGCCAAUGUAGGGUAUUAUGGCCUCAGUAAUUGGUAUCGCGGAGCAAAGGAGGCACUACUGCGGUCACGUGGUGUGGAUCCAUCCACUCUUCCAGAAUAUGAACUCUGUGAAAUACCACUUCCCGUUGAUGUGCCUCCGAAAUUUUCCCUCAUCGAUGAGAUGUUAACUGAAGCCCAGAAGCUGCGAAAAAAGUCGGUGGUGAUGCUGCACAGUCGGCAUGUUAGGUCUCCCUCCAAGGAGAAUUUGGUGUGGUUGGAGAAGUGGGGGCAAGAGUCUUCACUGAUUGUUUGUCCCGGUUUUCUCAACGAUGACUACUGUUGGUUGUUCGCCGCCAUUCACAGGCCAAACUGUCUUGUCGUCUCCAAUGACCAAAUGCGCGAUCAUCACUUUUCGUUGCUCAGUCGCCGCUCUUUCCUGCGUUGGCGACAAAGGCACCUUGUUACGUAUAGAGCACGUUUUAGUUGGGCAACGGGGGCUGUGAGUUUGUUGCUGUCGCUGCCUCGUCCGUAUGCCGUUUGGGUGCAACGCGGUCAACUCUCUCCGUCACACUGGCACGUACCUGUUCGGACGACACUGGACGUGAUUGACCAAGCAACGAACCGCAAAACUGAAAGUGAAAUGGAGGUUGAUAAGAAUGGAGAUGAUUUUUGUAACGCAUGGCUCUGCACAGCUGCCAUAAAUAGGUAG